GUAUGCGGAAGUAAUCGGCUAACCAUGUAGCAUUACCCAAAAGCAAAACAGAGACAAUAAAUCUGCGAACAAUUAGACAUUAUUGCAUUAAUACAUAUUUAAUUCGACCUAUUGGCUCUUUGAGGAUUUAGAGGCUCCCAAACAAUUAAUAGACAUGGAGGACCCUGCUAACACAGGAGCGGAAUCUGUGGCUUCACCACCAGCUGGUGCGCCCAAAUCAAAGCUGGAUGCACUGUCCAAAGAGGAUCUCAUCAAGUUUACCAAAAAGCAAAUGGCUGCUUUCCAAAAGAUGAAGAGCAGAUGUGCAGAUUUGGAGAAGGAAGUGGAGACGCUCAAAGAGCCUUGCAAAAACCGUAACAGCAGUUCAGACGACUCCUCGUUGAUAGAGGAGCUGACCGAGAGGAUGGAUGCAUUAUUGUUGGAGAAGGCAGAAACACAGCAAAGCCUCGCGUUGUCUCAGAAAGAAUUGGAGAGGAUCAAACAAUUAGCCAAGGAUGAUGUCGCAGAACUUGGCCACGUGAUCGAAGACCACCAACGGACCAUCGACGUCCUAAAGAUCAGCGUCAAGGAAUCCGACAGUCGACGGCAAGAAGAAGUGGCACAUUUCCAGAAAUUGCUGAAAGAGCGAGAAGACAGUGAUAAGGAGGGAGAAAGUGAAAGAGAGAAGCAGCACCUUUUUGAGGAAGCCGGCGUCAGUGGUGUCCACGAAAGUUCCCUAAAAGUUCAGCUUCAAACUCUUCAAGCUGAACUCGAAGCGAUCCAAGAGAGAAGCUCGAAGGAGAUCGCCGCGCUGCAAGAGAGUCACCAGUCCGAGCUGACUGAAGCCCAGCAGGAGGCGGAGAACCUGAAGGAAGAGUUGGCCCAGAGGAGCAUCCAGCACGAGGUGGAACUCAGGGCUCUUGAGGAGGAAUGUGAGGUGGAGAGGGAGCGACUUCUGCUGCUCCAGGAAGAGCUGACUGAGCAGCUGGCUCUCAAAGAGAGCUAUCUGCAGGAUGUCCAAGAAGAAGACGAGGAGCCUGGUCGUAGUUCAGGGAUCGCUAAGAAGCUGGCGCUGUCUGCAUGCAGUCAAGGCAACUCCAGUGGUGUUGAUAGCGAGGCCGCGGAGGGCGGACCACUGAGGGCGGCCAUGGAGGACCUUCACGCUCAGAACACCAUGUUACAAGAUGAGCUCACCCUGCUCAGUAAUGUGAAGACCGAGCUUGAGUCGGAGCUGGAGAAAGUCAAAGAGGAGUUCCAGAUGGAAAGGGAAGAGAUGGAUUUUAAGAUCAAUGAGUUGCAGUUGAAUCGAGAGAUUGACCCAACAACCCCCAACCUCAUAAACGUUGACUCUGAAAGGACCGUAUCAUGUGAAUCCAAAGAGUCACCGGUCAUGCCAGUCCAAGACCAAAACCAACAGAAUCAAGAUGAGCAAGAGAAGCUUAAGUCCCAGUGUGAAGCCUUGACCAGAGAGAGGGACUCUGCCCUGGCUGACUUCUACCACAUGAGGGACGUACUGCAAAAGUUUGAGACAGAACUGGCUCAGAAGACAAACGACUUUGUUCUGCAGUACAAAGCCAUGAAGGAGCAGGGAGCAAACUCGUUACAGAACCUUCAAGACAAGAUAGAGCAACUCAGCCACGAGAAGGAAGAGUUGUCAGCCAAAGUCGAAAGGGUUACGGAGGAGAAGACUGUUCUUUUAGAAACUGUGCAAGACCUAAAAAUGAAGUUCGAGAGUGAUUCGGCUGACGAGCAAAAGUCCACAGCAGAGAAACAAACUUUAGCACUUGAAACUGUGGAGAAGCUCACCAAGCAGAAUGAGGAGAUCCUCUCCCAACUACAAAUAAAAGAGACCGUGACUGAAGAACUGGGUGAGCUGGUGAAUACACUGACUGAAGAGCAAGACAGAAUACAGACCUUGCUUCAACUUCGAGAGGAGGAAAUGCAGGAGCUGAAAAGUGAAAAGGCCAAAGACAUCGAGCGUCUGCAGGAGGAGAAGGAGGCGGCACAACUGCUGAGAGAAGAAAUCGAAAGGGAGUUGAAAGUCUUGAAAACAGAGAAGGAAAAUGAAAUGCAAGUUUUGAAGGAGGAGAGGGACAAGACCGAGGCCAGCCUGAAAGAAGAAGUGGGCAGAAUACAACAGGCUAUGUCCUCUUUGGAGCUGAAUCUAAAAGACAUAUCUGCAGACAAUACCUGCCUCCAUCAAAAACUGGAGGAGACGUUAGCCACGCUUUCCCAAAGCCAGGAAGAGCGAGAACUUGUGGGCUCCAAGCUGGCAGCUGUAGAGGAUCAACUGGAGCAGGAGUCAUCCCGGAAAAAGGAUCUUGAAACGAUGUUGAAUUCUCUGAGAGAAGAAGAAGAAGCUAAGCUCGCUCACAAUACAACGACAGGACUGGAGACCCAGUCGGCAGCUUUUAAUAACACCAAGAAAGAAUUGGAAGACCUCCAAAUAUGCUUCAAAGAGCUGCAAUUGGAGAGAAACCUGUUGAGGACUAGUCUUGAAGAGGCUCAAAGGGAACAAAGAUCGGAGGAAGCCAUGCCAAGCGAGCUUCACACUCUGGAGCAAGAGAGGAACAUGCUGAGAGUCAAUCUGCAGGAGACGCAAAGAGACACUGAAGGGCUACAGAAAGACCUGAACGACAUGAGGACGCUCAGUGAGAAGAUGUGCGCCGAGAAUCAAACGUUGCAGGCCCGAAUCCAUCUGAUGUCCCAAGGCGGAGAAGAAAAUGAGAAGGCUGACAUUGAGAGUAUGGAGAGAGAAAGUAGAGAAUUUAAAGAGCAGCUGACGGAGAAGGACUCACUCAUAUCUCAGUUGAAGGCUGAAAUGGCUGCACUGCAGGAUUCUGCCAAGUCAGCAUUGUCUGAGGACAAUAAAGUUGUGGAAAUCACACAUAAACUAGCUGAAAUGGAGCGGCACAACAAAGAAAAGGAUGAGAAAAUCAACAAAAUCAAAGCUGUGGCUGUCAAAGCGAAGAAGGAGUUAAGCAGCAAUAAACAAGAGGUUGUAACCCUCAGGGACGAGGUCGCGUCUCUAAAAGCAGAGCGGGACAAAGUGAACGGUUCAAUGAAGGACAUCAUUCACUGCGCUGAAGGCUACAAGAACCUCCAGAUAGAUUACGACAAGCAGAGCGAGCAACUGGAUACGGAGAGGGAGAAGGUGGAGGCAGCAGAGAGACAGAUCGCCGACCUGAGCAAACACCUGAACAGUGCUGUCACACAGGUGCAGUUGCUCAGCAGAGAGAAGGAGGACUUGCUGGCUGCCAUGGAAACCUCCAGGAGCGCAAUGGUGCAGAUAGAAACUCAGAACCAGGAGCUGCAAAAACACUCCGCCAGUCUGGAUAGAGAUCUUGUGGCUGAGAGAGCAAUGAAGGAACAGAAGAUGAAGGACCUUUCAUCGGCCGUGAAAGAAGUGGAGGAGCUGACAGGCCAGCUCAGCAGGCAGCAGCAGCAAUGGCAGCGGACUGGCCAGGAGCUGGAGCAUCUACGCAAGGAGGCGCAGCAGAACUCUGUGCUAGACAUGGAGAUGGCCGACUAUGAACGUCUGGUCAAAGACCUCAACGCCAAACUCUCAGAGAAAGACCAGUGUUCCGAGGACUUGAAGGCUCAAAUAAGCAGACUAACCGAAAAGAAGGAAAGUCUCCAACAAGAAAUUGAAACUUUAAAGUCCCAGUUGGACCAAGCAGAGGAGAAGACCGCCAAGAUCAAACAGUUGCUGGUGAAAACCAAGAAAGAUCUGUCUGAUGCCAAGAAGCAGGAGAGCUCCCUAACGCUGCUGCAGGCCUCAUUAAAAGGAGAACUGGAAGCAAGCCAGCAGCAAUUAGAAAGCUCCAAAAUGGAGGUGUGUGACUUGAUGGCAGAGCGUCAUCGUCUGCAGGAGCAGCUCAGGUCUGCGUUGGAGCAGCACCAAAGAGCCAGCAGCUGCCUCCAGCAACAAAUACACAGUCUGCAGCAGGAGAGGGACAUGGCAAAGGCGGAACUGGUGACAAUGACUGAAGAGUUUGAGGGCUAUAAGGUGAGAGUGCACAAUGUACUGAAGCAGCAGAAGAGCAAGCUCAACGGGCAGAACGACAGCAACGCCAGCAGGCUAGAAAGAGAGCAGUUAACGUCUCAGGUGGACCAGCUGAGGUCCAGGCUGGCAGAGAACCAGAAGUCUCUCCAAAGCAGCACAGCAGAUCUGCAGCAGCUGCAGAAUGAACAUGACACCCUGUUGGAACGACAUAACCAAAUCCUGCAGGAAAAUGUCAGCAAGGAGGCGGAACUCCGGGAGAGACUGUUGUCGGUGCAGUCGGAGAACGUGGAUCUGCGCUCGGAGUUGGCUCAGGCUCAAACGAACUCGUCGUCCCACAUGGAGGCCCAGCGACAGACCCACAGGGAGCAGCUGAAGAAGCUGCAGGAGGACCACCGUGCCACGGUGGAGACGCUUCAGCGCCAACUGACCCGUGUUGAGGAACAACUCUUCAACCUGCAAAGUCAGAACAGUUCCAUGGUGGUCCAGUCCAGCCGAAAGUCUCUGGAGGCCCAGCGCCGAAGCACAGACCCGAAUAAUCCAGGGCUGGUACCACUGGUCAUGAGCGACCUCCAGUCCAUGGCCAGGGAGGACGGCGAGGGCAUGGAGACCACGGAGAAUGAAAACACCUCCCCUGCACUUUUACCUUCUCUGGAGCACCUCCUCACAUUGCCAGACCUAAAACAAGAGCCGUUUGUGUGGACUGUGGAGCCCACCAAGGAAGAGCUGAGCCACAAGCUGAACACAGCCACCCGCAGUCUGGACCACAUGAACGGCCUCCUGCAUGAAACCGAGGCCACCAAUGCAGUUCUCAUGGAGCAGAUCAAUCUGUUGAAAAGUGAACUGCGGCGUUUGGAGCGUAACCAGGAGCGGGAGAAGAGCGUGGCCAACCUGGAGUACCUCAAGAACGUCCUGCUCCAGUUCAUCUUCCUGCGAUCGGGCAGCGAGAGGCAGGCGCUGCUUCCUGUCAUCCACACCAUGUUGCAGCUCAGUCCUGAUGAGAAGAGCAAACUGGCUGCCAUUGCACAAGGUGAGGAGGAGGCGUCCGGGACUCAGGGCUCCGGCUGGUCCUCUUAUCUCCACAGCUGGUCUGGGAUCAGAUAGAUCACCACAAGACCGGUCAGCAGGUUUGCUCUGGUCCAAACCUACACUGGUAUUGGGAAACCGGGACACAUGAGGUGAAGUCACAACCCAACAGAAGGGACCAAGGAAUGUGAUGGAGAAAGGGAAAAUGUUUGAAUUCUUAGUGAAAAAUCUAAAUAUAAUUUACUUCAUAUUGAAUCUAAUUCAUCUUUAAAGGGGAACUGCAAUUUUUUUUUCUACCAGUCACAAUCUAUGUGAUACAAAAACACAUGUAUUUGUUUAUGCAUUCUGACUGUCGAAGUGGAGGCACGUAAAUAAGACCCGCCCACAAAACGUCAAAAAAGCGUCUUGAGGACGGUCAGUAAAACAUCAUCUAUGCAACAUUUGGACCAAAUAAUUGCUAUUAUGUAGACCACAAGGAAGUCUUUAAAAAAAAAAAAAAAUCAUAAUAUUCUGUAUAUUUUUAAUAACAUUCUACUUUGUGUGUUUUAUUCAUUUAGAUGCAGUUCAUGGUUUUGAAUCCGUCCAUUAUUUAAUGAAGGAUAAAUCCAACCGCUUAUGUAUGUUUAUUUAAAUGAAUCAAAAUAUCAACUGAGGCAAGUAUUUAAAUGAACUUCAUCAUUAACAACAGAAAUAGUUUUAAUAAUUGCCUUCCAGACUUGUUUUUUACACAAAGUCCGGUUUUGCUGAUUGUUUUUUUUGCUGUUAGGCUUAAUGAAGUUGUCAUUUAAUGACAGUGUAAACAUGGUGAACGUUUAUUAUGGAGUAUUUUAAAGAUUUUAUGGUCACUUUUUUUUCUUUAGGAGGCAGCUUUUUGUGAUUCUUUCAGCAUAACUUAUUAUAUACGUGUUCCAUGACAGGACAACUAGGAAGCAGUGUGUAUAAAACAAUGAUUGGGCAUUGAUGGUAAGAUUAUGUGGCUUUGCUUCAGGGGUGUCCAAAGUACGGUCCGCACACCCACUUUUGUUGGCCUUUUGUCAGAAAAAACAACAACAAAUUUAAGAAAAAAUAUUUUAAAAAUUAAACUGUAAUGGGAAAAAAACUGAAAUGUUCAAACUAAUAAUUAAUAAUAAUAUACUUAGUCACCUAUAACAGAAAUUAUUAUAUUUUAAUAUAUGUAUAAUAUCUGUUUUUAGCAUUAUUUAAAUUAAAAAUACCAAAAUGGCCCCCCCUAUAUUUGACUUUUUAGUAUGUGGCCCUUGGAGAAAAAAAUCUAAAAUAUUAGAAGUUCUCGAACAUGAAAUAAAAUAAAGAUGUUUAAAGUUUAGUUAGUUGAAUAGUUAAUUGAAAAAAUAAAAAUGAUACUAACUUAUGAAUUAAUUAAUUAGAAAAAAAAUACAACUAUAAUAAACACUGUUAAAUAUGUAACUGGACAUUAAUAUUUUUGUACAAGCAUAAUUUUAGACAUACUAGGUUAUGCAGUUAAACAAUUGUAUUAUUAUUAUUAUUAUUAUUAUUAUUAUUAUAUUUUAAUAUAUGUAUAAUAUCUGUUUUUAGCAUUAUUUAAAUUAAAAAUAUCAAAAUGGCCCCCCCUAUAUUUGACUUUUUAGUAUGUGGCCCUUGGAGAAAAAAAGUUCAGACGCCCCUGAUCUAAAAUAUUAGAAGUUCUCGAACAUUUAAUAAAAUAAAUGUGUAUUUAAAGUUUAGUUAGUUGAUUAGUUAAUUGAAAAAAUAAAAAUGAUACUAACUUAUGAAUUAAUUAGAAAAAAUACAACUAUAAUAACACUGUUAAAUAUGUAACUGGACAUUAAUAUUUUUGUACAAGCAUAAUUUUUGACAUACUAGGUUAUGCAGUUAAACAAUUGUAUUAUUAUUAUUAUUAUUAUUAUUAUAUUUUAAUAUAUGUAUAAUAUCUGUUUUUAGCAUUAUUUAAAUUAAAAAUAUCAAAAUGGCCCCCCCUAUAUUUGACUUUUUAGUAUGUGGCCCUUGGAGAAAAAAAGUUCAGACGCCCCUGAUCUAAAAUAUUAGAAGUUCUCGAACAUGAAAUAAAAUAAAUAUGUUUAAAGUUUAGUUAGUUGAAUAGUUAAUUGAAAAAAUAAAAAUGAUACUAACUUAUGAAUUAAUUAAUUAGAAAAAAAAUACAACUAUAAUAAACACUGUUAAAUAUGUAACUGGACAUUAAUAUUUUUGUACAAGCAUAAUUUUAGACAUACUAGGUUAUGCAGUUAAACAAUUGUAUUAUUAUUAUUAUUAUUAUUAUUAUUAUUAUAUUUUAAUAUAUGUAUAAUAUCUGUUUUUAGCAUUAUUUAAAUUAAAAAUAUCAAAAUGGCCCCCCCUAUAUUUGACUUUUUAGUAUGUGGCCCUUGGAGAAAAAAAGUUCAGACGCCCCUGAUCCAAAAUAUUAGAAGUUCUCGAACAUGAAAUAAAAUAAAGAUGUAUUUAAAGUUUAGUUAGUUGAUUAGUUAAUUGAAAAAAUAAAAAUGAUACUAACUUAUGAAUUAAUUAGAAAAAAUACAACUAUAAUAACACUGUUAAAUAUGUAACUGGACAUUAAUAUUUUUGUACAAGCAUAAUUUUAGACAUACUAGGUUAUGCAGUUAAACAAUUGUAUUAUUAUUAUUAUUAUUAUUAUUAUUAUUAUAUUUUAAUAUAUGUAUAAUAUCUGUUUUUAGCAUUAUUUAAAUUAAAAAUAUCAAAAUGGCCCCCCCUAUAUUUGACUUUUUAGUAUGUGGCCCUUGGAGAAAAAAAGUUCAGACGCCCCUGAUCCAAAAUAUUAGAAGUUCUCGAACAUGAAAUAAAAUAAAUGUGUAUUUAAAGUUUAGUUAGUUGAUUAGUUAAUUGAAAAAAUAAAAAUGAUACUAACUUAUGAAUUAAUUAGAAAAAAUACAACUAUAAUAACACUGUUAAAUAUGUAACUGGACAUUAAUAUUUUUGUACAAGCAUAAUUUUUGACAUACUAGGUUAUGCAGUUAAACAAUUGUAUUAUUAUUAUUAUUAUUAUAUUCUUACAGGGGGAAAACAAUAGUGGAAAUGUAGGGAAAAAGCUAUUAAAAAAUUGGACCGUAAUAAGAAAAAGCUGAAAUGUUUAAACUAAUAAUUAAUAAUAUACUUGGUCAUACAUAACACAAAAAAUAUAUAUUUUAAUACGUAUAUCUGUUUGUAGCAUUUCUUUUUGUUGAAAAACAUAUCAAAAUGGCCCCUGCCUACUUGAUUUUUCAGUAUGUGGCCCUUGGCGGUAAAAGUGUAAACACCCUUGAUCUAAAAUAUUAGAAGCUCUUAAAAUAAAUAUGUAAAUAAAGUUUAAUUUAAAAAAUAAAAAUGAUAAUACUAAAUUAUGAAUUAAUUUAAUUUGAAGAAUUA